CAUUGAGAUUUUUUGUUUUUGGCACAGAGCUUUCAAAAUACCCUUGAAAUAUUGCUGGCUUAGCGUGAAGAGAUGGAAUCCAAUUCAUGCUCUUACUCCACGUCAUCAAAUACACACACACCAUCCCACACUUUUAAACCCAAGAACCUCUCUGUUCUCCUCUCACCCUCAAUCCAAUUCACAAACCAACUCCACAAAAAAUCUUUCACUUUCUCUGUUUUUCCCCUGUUUUCCCCUGUUUUCCUCUGUUUCUUCUCCGUUUUCCAGACAUAAAAAUGGAGGGUCUCAUACCGUUUGUGUACAAAGCUAUAAUGCAAUACAAGAAUGGAAGGCAAGGGCCUAUAGUUUCAUGGCUUUGUGACUCAUCUUCUUACUCAUACAUGAAACUUCCAGGUGAUUCAGGCAGAUUUCAAACCUCUGCUUCCUCUCUGUUUGGAUCAGAAUAUGUACUUUCUUCUACUUCUUCGUCUUCUUCUUCUAAGCCUGGUUCUUCUACAACCCAAAUCAUGUUUUCUUCUUCUGUUCAAUCCCCUUCAUGUCACUUGAAUUCUCCAAGAGUUCCAACAUGAACAUCAUCAACAUGUGUCAGUACAUGAAUGUGGUUACUGCUUUAUUGUUAAGUGUUCAAGUUUGUCUCUUCUAAUGGAUCAAGUUUGGUCCUAGUUUGAGCUUGCAAGCAUGCGGAUAACUCCAAAGGAGUCUCGUGCUUGUUUGCAUGGUUGUAUUGUGCAAUUGUAAAUACCUGUUAUGAUGUUUAUGAAGAUGUAUUUGUUUCAUGGCCAAAGGGUCAUUUGUUCUAUAUGUGUUGUUAGGAUGGUGAAAUUUAUGGAAUGAUUAGGUUUUUAAUUUUAUAGGGUGGAUCUUUCUUAGAUUUUGUUGGCAUUUGAAGUAUGAUUUUGUAACAUUUUGUUUAUAAAAAUAUGGAGAUUAAACUAUAUUUGAAAUUUA